CUUGGAUCUCCAAUUCUUGAUAAAAAGGAUGGGGAGAAAAGUAAGCGCUAUUCGUGCUGUAGUUCUUGCAACUUCCAAUGUGGUAGAAGCCUUGAGAGCACCUAAUAUGAGUGGAACCAAAGGUCCUCCACGGUUGGUUGGUGAGGAAUGAAAAUGCGACACUCCCCACACACCAACACUCCACUUCCUGCUCAUGGAAGGCUCAGCCUGCAACAGAAGAAGACCGGUUGCAUUUUUUGAUGAACGGUGGCGAAAAUGCAGACUGCGAUGCGUUAGAGGUCCUAUGGCGGAAUAGCGAACUGGAGUGGCAUUUAAUUGGGAGAAAGAAGACCUGGCGGCGACACGCAAAGAUGGGCUGUGUAGAAAUGGGCGAAACAUUGCACAUUGUCAGUGGAUGACCUGUGUGCGCGUUAUGACUAGGAGGGUCC